CCAUACAAAAUUUUCAUUCGUUUUCACGCUUUAUUCUCGGAAUAUCAACGCAUUAGUUGUCAUAAAAUGGUCAAUAAAACUAGAGGGAGCCAUAAAAAGUUCAGCGCUAGAAGGAGAUCUAGAUAUCUAGCUACAGAGGAAGAAAUUAUUGAAAGAAACAAGGGAAUCGAUAAAAAUGAUUCUGAUGAGGAAAAUUCUGAUGAAGAGGCUGAAUCAUCUAGCGAUCCCAGUGAAGAAGAAUCGUCUGAGGAGGCAAGCUCCGAAUCUUCUGCAGAUAACACACAUCCUUAUUUAAUCGAAGUUUGCAACCCAAACAAGAAUCGUAAAUCAAUCGAAAAGACUGGUAUCGUCGAACUAAGUAGACGUGAAAGGGAAGAGCUCAAGCGACAGCAGUUUGAGAGGCAAAAAAUGAAAUUGAUGGCAGAAGGAAAGUUAGCAUCUGCAAAAGCUGAUUUAGAACGAUUAGCCAAAAUAAGAAAGGAAAGGGAAGAAGCCAUGGCUAGGAAAAUGGAAAAACUAAAACUUAAAGAACAGAAUUAAGGUUGCGUUACUGCGUUAUAUUAGACAGUAGAGCGGUUACCGGUAUUAACAGUGUUAAAUGUUU